AUGGCCUCCCCGCGCCUCGGCACCUUCUGCUGCCCCACGCGGGACGCCGCCACUCAGCUCGCGCUGGGCUUCCAGCCGCGGGCCUUCCACGCGCUGUGCCUGGGCAGCGGCGCGCUCCGCCUGGCGCUCGACCUCCUGCAGCUGCGGCCCGGGCGCCGGCCCGCGGGCCCCGGGGUCGCCUCGGCCUCCCCGCCGGCCUCGGUCUCCCCGCCGGCCUCGGCCCGCGGCCCCGCCUCCGUGCGCAUCGUGCGCGCUGCCACCGCUUGCGAUCUGCUCGGCUGCCUGGGUGAUCGCGCGACUCGCGCGGCCAGGGGGGGUGGGGGUAGGGAGGCAACCUUCGGUGUGCGAGUGAGGGCGCCCGGCCCGCGGGUGGGGGGACCCCCUUCUUGGGAAGUGAGGGCGUACGGCCGGGGACCCCUCCGUGCGUGGUUCAGGGCCCGCGAGUACUGCACGGGUGGAGACCCCUCCGCGCGCAGUUGA